CUACUUAUCCUGUAUACGAAAUAACCUGAAACACACCCACCUAAAAAACCUCGAUUGCCUCGAUUACCUCGAAUGCCUGGCAAAAGCCUCGAUUUCAAUUAAAUUCAUAAAACCUCACCGCCACCCAUAAAGACUGAUUCUGACCUUUCUCAAACUGACUGUUGCGACUGCGACUGCGACUGCGACUGCGACCUCUCGUUUCUUUAUGAAGGUGAACCCCUCUCUAAUCGGAUCUGUUAUUACUUCUUCUCUUCCUCCUUCUUCUUCUCUUCUUCCUUUUUACCACAUCAGGAUACUUCCCAGAGUCCUGUGUAGUUUUUGUUAUCGAUUUAUUUAUAACAACUACAAAAGUCCUUUUUCCAUCUCACCAAUACGAGUACAGCUAUCAAUCAAUCAAUCAAUCAAUCACCACUAUCACCACUAUCAACCAUCAUCUGAUAAGCUUCCGUCCCAUUCACAUUCCCACCCUCAACUACAACACGAAAAGUCCCCAUCAAUAUCCUCUUCGCAAUAAAUAGCAUAUCAGUCUUGUACCGUCGGUUACAAGUUGAUUCGUUCGAAAACAAAACGGAAUCUAAGCCUCAAAUCCUCUUGUUUCUUAUUUAAACGCAUAACUAUUAUCAAAGCCACCGCAAGAAUAGUACUAGGGAUACCUAGAAAAUACGCAUUGCCUUUCAUCCAUCAUUUACUACAUACGGACUUGGUAAAAGGUCAAAACUCGAGUCAAACCACCAUUCGGCUCAACAUUCUCAACAUUCACCAUUAAGUAAACACAACAUCUCGCCUUACUCUUUAUUUAUCCUGUAGUUUGUCGACUGGAUACUUUGGUACAUCGGAGAGAAGUAUCAUAAAUCAAAUUCCUCGCUGACUCUGUGGAAAUACGUCGACCGACGGACGCACGAAUCCGAAUCUUGAAAGAUACGGAAAGAGGGAGAGUACAAGAAUCGGAAGGGAAAAGGGAAAAGGGAAAAGGGAAAAGGGAAAGACACUUUACGACUGCACCACAUCAUAUAAACAAGUAAAGUGUGCAUUCAUUCUUGAAUCUUUACUCUGUACACUGCGAAGAGUACAGAGUCAUUCAAGACUUCUGCUUACACGCGGAUUGAUUGGAGACAAGGAAGCGAGAAAGCUCCCUCAUUUUCAAACAUCAGCAAGUUUCACCAUCUCCCACAUUGAACCGUCUUUUUUUUUCUCCUCCUCAAUCAUACAAUUUGUAUACAAUUUGUAUACAUCAAUCAAAAUGAGUACGGCUAUUGCAAUGGCCCCUUCACCAGUACCUCACGAUAGAUCAUCAUAUGUUGAUAUCGCAUCUUCGAAACCUUCGAAUUCUCCUCCGGCGCAAAGAAUACCUUCUUCGUCGGCCACACCGAGUGUAACAAUGGCGGCACAGCGUACAGGGAGCGGAAGUCCAAAAUCAAUUUCAGCAAAACCUUCACCUACUGCAUCUCGAAACGGUGCACCACCUAAGAUUAUCGUUAAGAAGGAACCAUCCUCACCUGAAAUAACUGCCACUUCGCGUCAUAGACCUCGAAAGCUUGAUCUCACCAAAAACACCUCGAGUGUCAAUCCAGGUACUGGAAGACCAUCAGCCAGUCAAUUGACAGGUAGGGGUGCGGAGAGUGGUGGAUUGGGUAUUCAGGACGUCGGAUUGGCAUGUCUCUCGCCAGGUUUCGUCACACAAGAUCCGACGAUGCGAGAACAAUUGCAGCGAAGUUUAUCUGUCCGUGAACAACAAAGACACAUUAUCGAAUCGCGGCUACAACAAACAGCUAAGCCUGGUGAUGCGCCAAUGGAAAGUGCUAAAGAAAGAGAGCUGAGUGGAUUACCAGCAAAAACUCCAGGUACAUCUAGAAGAAAGGCGCCGCCAGGACUAAGCAUCGUCGCACCAUCCCAUGAGCAAUUUGCGAAUGAGAGAGUAAUUCAAUCUGCUCCAAUGCACCAUAGCUUUCCUGGCAGACAUCAACCACAACCGCUAACCCGUCACGUCGCAAAUCAGCCGUCAAAUCUCUCCAACACAUCUCAUAUCCAUCAUGUACCUGCUACCCAAACUACCAAUAGACUACCACCAAUUUCAGAUGUUUUCGCAGCUGAAAAUCUAGGUGCACACCGUGAAUCGCCAAGAGGAAACGUAUACCAAAAUUCGAACUCGAAUUCGAAUUCAUCGCAUUCCAACUCCAGACCAGGCUUCCCAUCCCCAGGACACACAUCACAGCCACCAGCGUCUGCAGGCCAUCAGCGUCCUCGUGAAUACCGUUCUGCUGAGGAAGCACAGGCUGAUCUGGCUGGUGGUCGUGCUGAACUUCUACCUAAGCUCGUACAUUACGGAGGUCAUCAGCCCCCCACUCCUCCACCUACAAACGUCAACGCGAGACCUUCAGAAGCUGGUCGAAGCAGUGGUAGAAGAAGACCUAGAGCAGAGUAUGAAGAGGGAGCUAGUCCGCCACUUGGACAAGGUCCACCUACAUCGAGACGAACUGGACCAUUUGGAGAGGGACGAGAUAGUCCAAUGACUUCACAACAGAAGAAGGAAGAGUUCAUGCGCCUGUGUAAUCGGGCUUGGGAUCUUUUCCAUUCUUAGCUGUUUGUUUUCAUGUCUCUCCUUUUCUUCUUUCCUUUUGUCUAUCAAACAAAUAAUGCUAUAACUGGAGCUUCACUUUUACUUCUGGGAAAGGCAAUACUCUUUUUGCGUUUUAUGAUGACAGGGCAUGUUGUACGUGCCUGUCGGUAUACUUUCUUGAGCCAUUAUGAUCGACCAAAUGAUUUCUUUUUACUGCUUCAUAUGAUUGAUGCGUUGAUUCAUGGUUAUAAUGGACACAAUUAUAUUUAAUUCGCUAGGGUGAAUGGGGGUGGUGUGAAAUGGAGGCAUUUGUGGGUGAACGGAUGGGUGGUUAGGGAGAAGGGAAUGGCAUACAAUGAUUUUCCAUGAUUUUUCGGCAAUCUUUGAAGGUUGAGGAGGUGGAUGGGGAAUGGGGAAUGGGCAUAGGAAUGGAAGGGAAGGGAAAGAAGGAUAUGAGGAGAUAUCUUCAGAAAAGGAAUGGAUUCUGUUCUAUAUUCAAUUCAAUGAAAGAACUCUCU